GAUGCUACGAAAAGCAACUCAGUACAGAGUAUCUCCUCGUUAUGGCGAUGGCACAGCUGAUGAAUGUUGAGGACCCUUCAUCCCAACCACCUGGAGCGAGUUCCUUUGCCGAAUCCAUGAAACGGCUUCCUCCGCUACACCAACUCGGGGAGGAGGGGGUAAUUGCCGUGGAGAUUCUGACUCUUGUUGCAACGUAUUUGCAGUGGUGGGAUCGGAAGCAUGACGCACAUCUAUAUAUUCGUUGCCAUUCUGAACGUGAGCGUUGAAUGACAUUGACGACUGAUCGAAAGAUAGGAUUUGUCAUGCGAUUGGCAAUAGCUUUGGGCUAUGACAAGCCCUCGAAAGAGCAGGAUUCGCAGCUGGCGCGGAUGAGAGACAGUUACGCGCAGAGCUCCCUCGACCAGCGAUUGGGUUCCAAU